AUGGCCCCGAACCUGCCAGCUUCUACUCGAGAGUUUAUCCGAGAUAUGAUCUUGAGCAAAUCACUAACUACGACCCAGAUUGCUCAAGCGGCUGGAUGUAGCCCGCGUUCCGUUACCACCAUCCGCACUAACCUGCGGCAAUUUGGUGACACCCGAGCGCCUCCCGUUCGAGCAGGCAUUAUUACACCAUCGAUGCCGGGGGCCCCUGUGUGA